AUGCAACUUGCUCGUAUCAUAUUUCAGCGUGGGUUUUUGCGUACAUUUGGAACAGUUGCCAAGAAAGAGUUUAUCAAUAUGAGUACGCAGGUGGAAUUGAAGAGAGUUGCGACUCAGGACAUACAGCCGGUAAAACCCAAACAGAGUAAGAAGAGUAAAAUUAGGAAGUAUAAGCCAAAGCCAUUGGACCCAACUAGUGCUCUUGGUGUCUUACAGUUUGAAAUUGAUGAAAUUUUGAAGGAAUUUAGUUUAGCCAGGGAUGCGAUCUUAAAUGAUGUGGGAUGUAUUUUGAAUGAAGAGCGCGAUGGUCCAAUGCACAGGCUAUACCAUAGGGAAGUUAACUCAGUAGAGGUUUUGAAAAUGGGAGCCAACGGUGAGGGGCUUGCAUUGAUUCCAAACCCAGUAGAUUUAGACAAGAAACAAAUCGCGUUAAUUCCGUUUGCAUUGCCAGGGGAUGUUGUCAGGAUUAAGACUUUCAAGACUCAUCCACAUUAUGUCGAAUGUGACCUUCUUGAAGUGAUCAAGCCUAGCAGUAAGAGAAAUAAUGAUUUGAUUCAAUGCAGGUACUUCGGUAAAUGCUCUGGUUGUCAAUUACAAUAUCUCACCUACGAGGACCAACUAGCGUUCAAGAAGAGAACUGUCAUGAACGCAUACAAGUUUUUCGCUCCCAGAUUGAUGGAAGAUAAGUUGGUGCCUGAAAUUGGUGAAACUAUGCGCUCACCUUUAGAGAUUGGGUACAGAACAAAGUUAACCCCUCAUUUUGAUCUACCUAAAAGAAUGAAGGGAAAUGGUGAAAGACCUGCUCUUGGAUUUGGCCAUAAAGGUAGACCACAGUGGAGAGGAAAUGCCGAUGGAGGAUCUGGACCAAUGUUAGAUAUUGAAGAAUGUAUCAUUGGUACCAAGAUCAUAAACCAAGGUAUGACUAAUGAGAGAGCAAGAUUCGAAAGGGAAUUCACGAAGUACAAUAAAGGGGCUACGAUUUUGUUAAGAGAACAUACGAAGGUCAUCGAUCCAGAAAUUCCCGUCGCAGAACAAUUAGAUGACGGAUCAGAAGAUAUUGAAGGUAAAAUCUCAUAUUUGCAGAUUAACGAUGAAGAAAAUGAUAAGUCUUUGGUUAAGACCUGUGUAACUAAUACAAGACAAAUUGUGACAGAGUAUAUCAAUGGUUACACGUUCCAGUUCAGUGCCGGUGAGUUCUUCCAAAAUAAUAAUUCAAUUCUUCCAAGUGUAACUGCUUAUGUUCGUAAGAACUUACAGAUUGAAGGAUCAAAACCUGAAGAUCCUCAUUAUUUGGUCGAUGCAUACUGUGGUUCCGGGUUAUUUAGUAUCACGUCUUCAAAAGGUGUUGAUAGAGUGAUCGGUGUUGAAGUCAGUGCUGACAGUGUUGCAUUCGCUGAGCGUAACGCUAAGGCAAACGGUGUCGAGAAUUGUAAGUUUAUUGUGGGUAAAGCAGAGAAAAUCUUUGGAUCAAUUGAUACACCAUGUGAUAGAACCAGUGUGAUUUUAGAUCCACCAAGGAAAGGUUGUGACGAUAUUUUUAUGAAGCAAUUAGCUGAGUACAAUCCGGCUAGAAUUGUUUACAUUUCCUGUAACGUCCAUUCCCAAGCCAGAGAUGUCGAAUACUUUUUGAAAGAGACCGAAAAUGGUAAGCAUUAUAAGAUUGAAAGUUUAAGAGGUUUUGAUUUCUUCCCUCAAACUCACCAUGUUGAAUCGGUUUGUGUACUCAGCAGAUCUUAA